UGUACAGUCCCACGUAUGGAUGACGUCACUCAGCUUUGGAGUCUGGUCGGUGGGGGUGCACACGGCCAAACAAACAAGCCAUUUGUCUGCAUCAUGCCGAUCAGAUUUUGGAAAAUCAUAGCUGUUCAUUUCGCCAUCACAGCUGGAUUUGGCUGCUGUUUCCGCAACGAUGUGACGCCUGAUGAUUUCAACCCGAACAUACCAGCGAUCGCCAAAUACUUCAGCACCAAAGGGAGGUACGAGGAAGUGAACCCGCACCUCAUAGAGGACAUACUGGCUGUAAACAGAUCUAUGCUGCAGCCUCCGUCUGAGCAAUGUCACGAGAUCCAUCUGACCGCGAUCAUAAGACACGGCACCAGGUACCCGACCAGCAAGAACGUGAAGAAGAUGCGGAAGCUGUACGAGCUGGUGAAGAGCCGCGCGUCUGGCGAAGAGAGCUGGCUGCGGGAGAUCCAGACCCAGUGGAGGAUGUGGUACACUGACGACAUGGACGGCAGGCUGGUGCAGAAAGGUGUGAACGAUCACAAGCAUCUGGCCGUCAGGCUGUCAAAGCUCUUCCCCUCACUGAUCUCAGAGGAGAAGCUCCGAGGUGGAUUCAUCAAGUUCAUAACCAGCUCAAAGCACAGGUGUGUCAACAGCACUCUGUCCUUCAAGGCAGGACUGACUGAGCUGUGGGCUAUCACAGAUCAGGAGUUUGACCACGCAGAGAAUGAUGCUCUCAUGAGGUUUUUUGACAAGUGCACCAGGUUUGUGCAGGAAGUCGACAACAACCCCACAGCUCUGUCAGAGGUGGACAAGUUCAGGCAGGGACCAGAGAUGAGGAGGGUCACGGAGAAGAUUGCAGACCGUCUCAGAGUCCCCUACAACAACAUCACAGAUGAUAUGGCCGAAGCUGCAUUUUACCUGUGUGCUUAUGAGUUUGCCAUUAAGACUGUGAACUCGCCCUGGUGUAAACUCUUCGAUGAGGUCGAUGCACAGGUUAUGGAGUAUGCCAAUGAUCUGAAGCAAUUCUGGAAAAGAGCCUAUGGUUAUGAUAUUAACAGCAAGUCGAGCUGCAUUCUCUUCCAUGACGUGUUUAGUCGACUGGACCAAGCAGCCAGCAAGAACAAGUCAGGCCAGCAGGUGACGGAGGCCGUGACAGUCCAGGUCGGCCAUGCAGAGACCCUCCUGCCACUGCUCACCCUCCUGGGCUUCUUCAAGGACAGCGAUGCCCUGAGCUCCACCAACUACGCCACACAGGCCCAACGCUCCUUCCGUACCAGCCACAUGUUACCCUAUGCAGCUAACUUACUCAUGGUGCUGUAUGACUGCGGGGGAGGCGACCUGAGACUUCAGCCGCUGCUCAACGAGAAGCCUGUGACUUUCCCUGGUUUGACUGGCCAGCAGGGCUCCAUGCCGCUCUAUCAGGACGUCAGAGCUCACUACAGCGAGCUGCUCCAAGGAUGUGACUUUGAGACUGAGUGCCAGCUGUUCAAAAGUCCCGCACAAGUUUGAGCAGACAGGGAAGUAACUGGAAAAGAGCAUUAUAGUGGCUUUAUAGUGUUUAUUUGCAAAACAGAGUUUUAAUUAUGAUCCUAAUAGGAGCAUCUUAGUCUGAAUGCCUCAUGUAAACCAUGAACACAUCACUGUUUGGCCUGGCUGAAUGAGGAAUUUCAAAUCCACCUGUACCAUCACAGUAUUACCACUGAGAUGCUGCUUAUUUUUGAAAGGUUUCUUUCCAGGAAUAAAAUAAUCUAUUUUUGCAGUGUAAACAUUUUAUAACGCUUUAACCCAAAUCUGUUACCCUUGGUUUUAAAGAGCACACAAAUCUGUGGUCAGUGUGACAUGACACUUGGUGGUGUUAACAAGUCAAUUGACUUUCUAGUAAAAUAUAUUUAAAAGGGCUUCUUCUGGACAUUUUCUGGCCUCUCUGAAAUCAGUGAUACUUUGGUUUAAUUCAACUUUAUUCAACUUCACUUAGCUGCUAUGUCUAUGUCAGGUCAUUAACAACAGCACAUACUACCUUUAGGAGAACUCUAGUCCUUGUUAAGUGCCUUAUUCUGUAUUUAUUUGGGAUAUAAUAUAGAGCAGUGGUUCCCAACUGGUCCAACCACAGGGUCCAGAUUUCUCGUUACUCAUCAGUUCAAGGUCCACACAGUUUAAUAUAUUCAACGUCAUACUUGCGUUUGGCCAUGUGGUUGAGCAAGUUUUCUGUCUCUGUUGAGUAUCUGUCAGUUACUCAUUCACUCUACAGCAGGAACCAGCACUUAAAAAAGAAAGCACUGUGCCAGGAAAUCACUGAACUCUAAAAUAAGGUGUGUUUUUGACAAACUUGACACAUUUGUGAAUCAUUUGUGGUCCAUUCAGAAUGGACCGCGACUCACCAGUUGGGAACCACUGAUAUACAGUAGAGGUUAUUCAUAUCUCUGUAUGAUUUUAACAUCAUCCAGGUGUCUUCUACUGUAAUAAGGCUCCCUUUAUACAGAGCUAAUAGGUUGUAUAUAAUGGCUAUAUUAUUGGAAAAGUUAAUCAUUCAUGACGUCUUUAUAGAUCAGAGGCCAUUAAAAGGAACAACAUUUGGUUUUACAAGUUGUCCAAAA